AUGGCAAAUGAUCUCCAGGCGGUGCCACUCCCUACCAAGUUGCUGAGGGAGAUCAGGGAUGUUGGGGACCAGCUGGCAGUGGUGGCACUUCACCUCUCCACCCUCCACGGCCUCAUCACCAUGCGGAAGAACAGGAAGGUCUGGGGUCCCCAGCCCCUGCCCACGGAGUUCCCGGGACCGUUGACCAUCACGGAGACGCAAACAACCCUCCGGAUCAGUCGAACCCCGGGAUUUCUGGUGGAACUGGGCGCCGCAGGGGUGACGCCUGGACACAUGAAGGUCUCCCCCGUCGUCAUCCUCCUCCUCCUCAGCCACGCAGAGGAGUGGGGACCCCUGGAGACAUUGGGGACCCCUGUGGGGCCCCUGGAUACGGUCCUGUACCCCUUCGGACCAGAGGUGGGGGAUGAGGCCACCCACCAUGAGGACGAUGGGACAAGCCCUGAGAUCUUCCUGCAGGAAAACUUCUCCUUCUUUGGACGUGCCCACCGCUCACUCUAUGUGAACAACAAUGGUGUGGUGUCCUUUGGGACAAUGGUCCCGGAGUUCACCCCCCAGCCCUUCCCACUGCCAGGCCAUCGCCCCUUUGUGGCACCUUACUGGGCUGAUGUGGACACCCGUCUGGGAGGAGAUGUCUUCUACCGGCAGAGCCGGGACCCCCAGCUGCUGGCACGCCUGGCCCAGGACCUGGCACCUGCUGUGCCACCUGGAGACCAGCCCCCACAGCCGACCUGGGCAUUCGUGGCCACCUGGGACCGUGUGGCCUAUUUUGGGGCUGCCUCAGACAAGGUGAACACCUUCCAGGCUGUGCUGGCCUCAGAUGGUGUCACGUGCUUUGUCCUGCUCAACUACGGAGACUUGCAGUGGACAACUGGCAUUGCUAACCAGGGGGAUCCCCACACUGGCCUGGGGGGCAUCCCUGCACAGGCUGGGUUCAACAGUGGAGAUGAUGUCCACUACUACAAUGUGCCAGGAUCACGCACACCUGCAGUGCAGACCCUCAGCCACCGCAGCAACCUGGGGGUCCCGGGGCGCUGGGCUUUCCGUGUUGACCACUUCAAGGCCACUGAGGGACCCCCCGAGACUCCUGGCACCCUGUCAAAGACCCCUGAGGCCCCCUGGAGUCCAUUGCCACCCCACAAGAUCCUCUCAGUAUCCCCCAACCCCCCCAAGACCACAGAGGAGCAGGUGUAUGUCUGUGGGUCAUGA